AUGGAGUCUAAUGAGGUGCCGCAGCCGCCAGCCCCAGCAGAGCCAGCGCCCGUCGACUCCUUAGACGCCACAGGCUCGGAUGAUGAUCAGCAGGGGUGCGGCACUGCCCAGAAAUGGAAUAGCAUUCUCAGAAUGCAUACUGUGAAGCGUGGGAAAACCGUGAAGCUAUUCGGCCCGAAAGGAGAGCGGCUGGUCACGCGCCACCGCUUGAACAGGAGGAGGUUGGACCAGACGGUCAACAAGUACAAGCUUGGGAUCUGGCAACAUGGCGUGCUGGAGGAUUGUCGAGGCACGCUUAUCCUGAUCCCCCCGGCGGGCAAGGAGUGCUUUCCGGACAAGAUGGAGUACGAGGCAAUCGGAGGCGGGACCCUCUUCGAUGCCAUCUACGACGCGAUCGCCGAGAAACCCAACAACAAGCACUGUCAGGCUUUGAUGGCCAGCGGAGUCUCCAACACAUUGAUCUUAUCAAGCAAUAUGUCUGAUGAGGACAUUACGUUUCUCAAGAAGAAUCACAACAACUGGCAUUCGGGUCAAGCGACCACGCUCGCUGAAGUCUACCGGGCCGUUGCAGAAGCGCGCGCGGGCUGGCGCUCGCACUGCCAGAUCCAUUCGAUCACGGUGCACAGCUGCCCCAAAGCUGGGCCAUACAGGUACGAGAAGCUGUACGAGGACUACAUACUGAGAAACUACUCUGACGAGUAUGCCCAAUGGGAAGAUUACGACAAUGCCAAAUCUGUGUACACCCAGCUCGAAACGAACGGCCAGCUCAGUGCGUGGUUGGACCUACUGGAGACCCAAUGCGAUUUCUCUCGCAACGGGUUUUCCAACAAGGCGUCCGUGAACCACGCCCACUACUUGAAGUGCAUCCUCUACCGCGAGAAGUUCACCAAGACCAUCCAGCCUGAGCUCCUUAAGUGGUUCUUCUUUGAGUGUUUGACGGCCACGGUCCCUCUCGUGAAUGGUGCUACGGAGUUCGUUCCGUUCCUCUUGGACAGCGUCUGCAAGUCAAAAACCCUGGAUGACCUAGAAUACCCAAUGGGUGGCUCUGUGCUCUACCUUCCCCAAAAAAGCGGAUCGGCUGCGGGCAUCAAGCCGCCCAAAAAGAAGCAGAGGAGGUCUGGUGCCAAUGAGGGUCUCAAUGAGAUUCUGGACAGUGCCGAGGCAGGCGACUUCGACAGUAAUGUUACGUCCAGUGGAACGCCUAAGUUGUGGGUGCACGACGUGAUGCAGUGCGUUGGCAGCGUUGUAAUGAAGGCAUGCCAGAUGGGGACGGCAAGCAUCGAGGACGAUAUCAUCAUAAAUUCUAUGCGGAAGGCGUUUCGCCAGGCCAUCGAGUUCUUCUUGAAGACGGAGAUCAUGAUCAAUGGUAAAAUGCAGACGGGUUGGAGCCACGUCCGCAGGAGCGUGAAGGAGGAGCUGGUCAGGACAAACCUGCGCGCGCUCCAGGUUGAUAUCGGGCUCGACGGGGCUGCAUCAUCCGACGAUAUCCUCAAGAGCAUGAUGGACAGGCUGGACCAGACCGAUUCAGGUGCAGCAUCGACGCGCCCGAAGUCUUCGAUCGAGCUGCGACUGGGAAAAGUACUCUCUCUUGCCACGGUCAACAAGGGAGUCGCCUUCAUGAGGGCCAACGACCUGACCUCCUCUUCCACUGCGCUGUGCCCAGCGUUCCAGAAUAUGUUCGCGGAGCUGAUGGAGGUUGUGAAAGCUGGCGACAACAUAACCAGCUUGCAGGACCUGUUCAGACUCACUGCUCCUGUCGUGUACAAUGCAGUGCCCGCGGACUUGAUCAGCGCAGGCACCAUGAUUGCGACCAUAAUGCAUGAAGAUGGGAGCUCGGGCUCCGCUGAUCCUGCGAGCGAUAAGGUUGUCACGUUGAGCAAGGGCCUGUUCGAAGGUUUUGAGCCCCUCGACUUGUUCAUUGGGGUCAGGACAAAGUGGAACCUAUUGAUGCUCAAGCGUCUCGGCUGCGGCCACGACAAGAUGACUAAGAUUGACUACGACACGGUGGUAUCGACGUUGCUCACCGGGGACAUGAGCAAGACGAUUGCUGCAGACACCAUGCAGGAUAAUUUCACCUCCUGGGCUGACUACUGGUCCAAGUUGUUGGCGAAGGCUUGCGGCUCCGACCCAACCAAGGCGGUUCCCGUUGAGGUUGUUCGCGCCGUCGACCCUUACAUCGAGAGCAUCCUGAACACCGCCCAUGCAGGGGCGCCAAUGUUGGCAUCGCCGCAGCCAGCAUCAGCAACCCAGGUAGAGAAGAAGGACGAGUCCAUGGCGGCAAAGGCUAAGGAUCCCAAUGCCGACAAUGAAGAUAAAUACGAGAAGUUUCACAGCAUCUGCAGUCAGAGGAGCGAGGUCACUCUUGAUGGAAAGGUCGAGGCGCCAGUCGUGGCUUGCUUCAUGACUCAGCUCAAGGCGUUCAUUUACAGUGGAGCUAUUAUGGGCAUCCCCGCUACAGCCGACCCGGUGGAAGAGGCGGAAAAGAACAAGGGCAAGAUGGAGCAGUUCGUGCGCAGAGUCAAGGAGGAGUUCAUAAUCAAGCCAGAAGCCAAGUUAGACCACAUCGGCAUCAUGCACAGCGAUCCGAAUCCUGAUCCGAACACCCUGUUCGUCAAGACGCCCAUGCCGACCACGAUGCGCAUUGUCUUCACCGGUGACAUAUCCAGGGUGCCGUCGAAGAAUGCGCUUCCGAUCUGCACUGCGUUCGAUCAGACGUUCUACCUCGUGCCGCCUGCUGCGGACGCAGUUGUUGGUUCUACGGCCUGGCAUGUUCCUCACAAGCCGGCGCCGAAGGCGAAAGCAAAGGCGAAGGCGAAACCAGAGGUCUCUCAGCAAGUUCAGGAGUCCGAGACCAACUUCACGUGCGUUAGCCAGUCGGCCAAGAUGAAGUUCACCUACAACGAUGCGCUGGCGUUGAAGACGGAGACGGUGGACGUAACCUUCUACGCGCUCGUGCCAAAGACGAACUGGAAGCACGCUCACGAUGGCGAUAUCGGCCCACAGGCAGCGAGCAGGGAUGAUAUAUCUGAGCAGGUGAGUACCAAUCCGAAGGGCAAGGGCAAGGGCAAAGGCAAGGGACAGGGCAAGGGUAAAGGCCCCAAGGUUGGUCCGAAACACCUGCUUCGUUAG